AUGCUCAGAUUACGAGCAGCCAACAGAGUGUCACGUACCAUUUGUGUACGCUCUUCCCUCCGACAACUCCGCCAUGAAUCUACCAACACCUCGAACUCCAGCUCCAGUAGUGGCAGCAGCCUCUCACAGAGCCUCAUUGGCGGCCUUGCUGGGGGCGGGCUAGUCUUCCUUGGGGGUUACACGUACUAUCACUUCUCAGGCGCAAAGAACCUCGUAAAUACCGCUAGAAAGACCGAGGAUCUGUUUAAGAGCUAUGGAAAGCAACUCAAAGAAUCAUCCCCAGAACCCAACGAAGCACUGAAAUGGCUCCGCUCCUCUGCAAAAUCCUACGCCACUUUCAUUCCUGGUGCGACAGGCUACGUUGACAGUGCUUUUGACGACCUCGACGCCAUUCGUAACAAGCAUGGCAACGAAGUCGACAACAUUAUCAAAGAGGCCUACGGGGAGCUGAAGGAUGUCUCUCAAGAGGGCAUGAGCGUCACAGCAGCGACAAAAGCCUGGGAUAUACUACAAAGGCACCUGAAGCGCAUAGGCGGUCUGGCUGGGGAUGCGGCAAGCGAUAUCAUCAACAAUCAUCCGGCACUCAAGGAGAAAGUUGGAGGAAACUUGGAUCAGCUGAAGCAGAUGGGCGACAAGUACGGGCCCGAGGCCAAGAAGCAGGUUGAUGAGACUUGGGAUCAGAUACGUGACAUUAUCAAGAGUGGGGUGAGCGCAAGUACUAUUCCCAAGGUUCAGAGCCUGGUUCAGGAGAAGGUGCAGAAGAUACAGGAGCUUGGUGGAAAGGCGUGGGAUCAGGGGAUGGAAAAGGCCAAGCCAUAUCUUGACAAGUCACCAGAAGUGAAAGAGCUGUUGGAAAAGAACAAGGAGAAGUUGAAGAAACAGGGCAAUGUGCAGGAGCUUUAUGAGAAGGUCAAAGAUGCGGUGCAGUCCGGCAGCACAGAUUCACUCAAGCAGUAUGUGCAGAACACGGUUGACAAGGUAGGCCAGGGCAAUGGAGGCGAUGGGGGAGGGCUUGAGAAGUACUUGGGAAUGUUGCCGGGCGGUGGUGAGAUCAUCCCAAAGUUGACGCAGCUGCAACAGAUCGCUCAAGAGCACGGGGAGGAAGCCGAGAAGAUCGCGAAAGACACCUUCAAGGAGAUCCAAGAGGUUCUGCAGAAGAAAGUUGGCGAAGCUGAGGGGUUGGCGCAGAAGGCGAAGAAAAAUGCGAAGAACAACUAA